AUGGCGGUGUCCCAAGGUCCUGUCCCACCUUCGUCCUUCACUGGGUGGCUUUUUCUUGUGAUACAGUUCAGUGACACAGCAGAUUACGAUUCAUCAGGCUUGUUUUUCCUCAAGGGUGCUAGUAAUCUUUCCUCUCUGAUUUGUGAACAUAUCACCAUAGCCUUGUUCCUCACGGUCUCUCUCUUCUUCCCCAAGGACACAGGGAGGACAAUGGGGGCUGGAGGGGUUUCCCCCCAAGCCCUGCUGUGGCUCAUCCUCUUUGGCUUGAUCUCUCUGGUGUUUCCCCUCAACCCGGAUGACCCCAACGUGUGCAGCCACUGGGAGAGCUAUGCAGUGACUGUGCAGGAGUCUUACGCUCAUCCAUUUGACCAGGUCUACUACACCCGCUGCACCGACAUCCUCAACUGGUUCAAAUGCACCAGGCACAGGAUAAGCUAUAAGACAGCCUACAGGAGAGGUGUGAGGACCAUGUACAGGCGACGCUCUCAGUGCUGCCCAGGCUUCUAUGAAAGUGGAGACCUGUGUGUUCCGUUGUGUACUGAAGAGUGUGCCCACGGACGCUGUGUCUCUCCUGAUACCUGCCAGUGUGAGCCAGGCUGGGGAGGACUGGACUGCUCCAGUGGCUGUGAGAGCGAUUUCUGGGGUCCCCACUGCACUAACCGCUGCCAGUGCCGGAACGGGGCCAAAUGUAACCCGAUCACCGGAGCCUGUGUCUGCACUGACGGCUACCAGGGCUGGCGCUGUGAGGAGCCCUGUGACCCCAACUUCUAUGGCAAGGACUGCCUGUUGGAGUGCCAGUGCCUCAACGGCGCCACCUGUCAUCAUCAGACUGGAGAGUGCCUUUGUGCACCCGGAUACACCGGGGCCUUCUGUGAGGAGCCGUGUCCUCCAGGUAAACAUGGCUCCCUGUGUGAACAGCACUGUCCCUGUCAGAAUGGAGGAACGUGCCAUCAUGUCACCGGAGAGUGCUCCUGUCCCGCCGGCUGGGUGGGCCCAGUGUGCGCACAGCCGUGUCCGUUUGGAUCAUUCGGCAUUAACUGCUCACAGGAGUGCACGUGUCGUAACGGAGGGUUGUGUGACCACAUCAGCGGUCAGUGCCAGUGCACAGCUGGCUACAUUGGAGAGAGGUGCCAGGAUGAAUGCCCAGUCGGCACUUACGGGCCGCAGUGUGCCCACAAGUGCGACUGCCAGAACGGGGCCAAGUGCUACCACAUCAAUGGGGCCUGCCUAUGCAAUGAGGGCUUUAAGGGCCCCAGCUGCCAGGACCGCUUCUGUCCCAGUGGCCUGUAUGGACUCAUCUGUGAUAAAUACUGCCCCUGCAAAGCUGCAAACACACUCAGCUGUCACCCUCUGUCGGGAGAGUGCACCUGUGCAGCAGGAUGGGCGGGGCUUUACUGCAACGAGACAUGUCCGUCCGGUUACUACGGUGAGGGCUGCAGAGAGCUGUGCACCUGUGCUAACGGAGCCGACUGUGACGGCACCACCGGAGCGUGUGUGUGCGCACCGGGAUAUAUAGGUGACGACUGCUCUAUCAGCUGUCCUGCUGGCCUGUAUGGGACCAACUGCACAUCGUCAUGCUCCUGCCACAACGAGAUCUCCUGCUCACACGUCGACGGCUCCUGCAUCUGCAGAGAAGGUUGGCAGGGUGUGGACUGCUCCAUCCCGUGCUCCAGCGGCACUUGGGGACUGAGCUGCAAUCAGACAUGUCAGUGUGCCAACGGAGCGGCCUGCGACCCCGUCAAUGGAACCUGCACCUGCUCCCCAGGCUGGAGGGACGAAUACUGCGAUGUACCGUGUCCUGAGGGAUCAUAUGGGCUGGACUGCCGAGAGAGAUGUGACUGCGUCAACUGCGAUGGCUGUGAUCCAGUGACUGGCUUCUGUCACUGUCUUGCAGGUUGGACAGGUGUCCAUUGUGACAGCGUGUGUGAGGAGGGACGCUGGGGACCCAACUGCUCCUACAGCUGCACCUGUGAGAACGGAGGCUCCUGCUCCCCAGAGGACGGCACCUGUGUGUGUGCUCCCGGCUACCGCGGCACCAACUGUAGACGAACCUGCUCGCCUGGUUUCUAUGGCCAUCGUUGCAGCCAAUCGUGUCCUCAGUGUAUCCACAGUGACGGGGCGUGCCACCAUGUCAGCGGCCACUGUGAAUGUCUCUCUGGCUUCUUCGGCUCCCUCUGCAACCAAGUGUGUCCCAGUGGAAAGUACGGUAAGGCCUGCGCUGAGACGUGUCUGUGCACAAACAACGGCACUUGUAAUCCCAUCGACGGCUCCUGUCAGUGCUACCCCGGCUGGAUCGGCGAGGACUGCUCCAAACCAUGUCCUCAGGGCUCAUGGGGCCCAGACUGCAUUCACACAUGUAAUUGUCACAAUGGGGCCCAGUGCAGCGCCACAGACGGAGAGUGUAACUGCAGCCCUGGAUGGACAGGACUCUACUGUACUCAACGCUGUCCCACAGGCUUCUACGGCUCCCAGUGUGCUGAGGUGUGUCGCUGCCAGAACGGGGCGGACUGUGACCAUAUCACCGGACAGUGUUCAUGCAGGACAGGCUUCAUAGGACAGAGCUGUGAACUCAAGUGUCCUGCAGGAACGUUUGGCUACGGCUGCCAGCAGCUGUGUGAGUGUAUGAACAACGCCACCUGUGACUACGUGACAGGAACCUGCUACUGCAGCAUCGGCUUCAAAGGCAUCCGCUGUGACCAGGCGGCUCUGAUGAUGGAGGAACUGAACCCUUACACCAAGAUCAGCCCGGCGCUGGCGUCGGAGCGGCAAUCGGCUGGUGCCGUGCUGGGGAUCAUCUUCCUGCUGCUGCUCAUCAUGGCCAUGCUCGGCCUUGUGGUCUGGUUCCGCUAUCGGCAGAGAGAGAAGGGCCACCACGUGCCGAACGUCACCUACACACCCGCGCUGCAUAUCAACUCCACGGACUACUCCCUCUCAGAUUCCUCUCCCAGUAACAGCUCUGUAGGCCGCUGCUUCUCCAACCCGAGCUACCGCACUCUGGGGCCCUGCACCUACGCCGCACACUACGCCAAGCCAGACAAGAGGGGCUCCAACAAGAUGAAGACAAAGAAGCGACACAGGAACAGUGCUCCAGAGUGGGGUGCCUACUGUAACCUCAGUGAGCUAGGUCAGUCUAAGUCUCUACAUCUCCUGCCCUCUUUCCUCUGGCUAUGUGUUUACUGCAUCGAUCGGCGGUACAGCUACCACCUGGAGCCGCGUUACAGAGUGUCGCAGACAGAGGAGGGCAGUCAGAAAGACUAUAUGAAGGGCUCCUUGUCCAGCACCUGCUCCCUCAACAGUGAAAACCCGUACGCCACCAUCAACGACCCCCCAGGUCUGUGCAAACACUCGGAGAGCAGCUACGUGGAGAUGAAAUCGCCGGCUCACCAUGAACACAUGACACACUGCUGCUCUGCCGCCAUCAUCACCACCACCACUACCACCACGGCACCCGCCAAGAACAUCUACGACAUGGAGCCAACCAUCAGUAUCGUCCAGGGAGCUGGGGGUGUGGUUGUUCCCAGUUACCCUCAGAACCCAUACGACCUGCCCAGGAACAGCCACAUCCCCAGCCACUACGACCUUCUGCCUGUCCGCCCUAGCCCCUCUCACAGCCACAGCCUCACCCUGCACAGCCACAGCCCCCCGCUGCCCGGCAGCCCCACCAGCUCUUUACUGUAG